GUCACCAAUUGGGCAGACAGACACCCGGGGGGUCACCGAGUGAUCAGCCACUGCGCCGGAGAAGAUGCCACGGAUGCGUUCCAGGCCUUCCACAUCAAUCCCACCUUGGUGAGAAAGUUUCUCAAGCCAUUACUUAUUGGAGAGCUUGCUCCAGGGGAACCCAGCCAGGACCGAGAUAAAAACUCCCAGCUGGUGGAGGAUUUCAGGACCCUGAGGAAGACAGCAGAGGAGAUGAACUUGUUCAGAGCAAGUCCUUUGUUCUUCUCUCUUUAUUUGGGCCAUAUUAUCGCGAUGGAGGUUCUGGCUUGGUUGAUGGUUUACUACUUUGGUACUGGCUGGAUCACAACCCUGAUCCUUUCCUGCAUCCUUACAACUUCCCAGGCCCAGGCAGGGUGGCUGCAACAUGAUUUUGGCCACCUCUCUGUCUUCAAGAAGUCUUCCUGGAACCACAUCGUUCACAAGUUCAUCAUUGGACACAUGAAGGGUGCUUCUGCAAACUGGUGGAACCAUCGUCACUUCCAACACCAUGCCAAGCCCAACAUAUUCAAGAAGGACCCAGAUGUGAACAUGCUACACAUUUUUGUCCUUGGAGAUACACAGCCUGUUGAGUAUGGCAAGAAGAAGCUGAAGUACCUGCCUUACAACCACCAGCACGAGUACUUCUUCCUCAUCUUCCCACCUCUGCUCAUCCCUGUGUAUUUCCAAAUCCAAAUCAUCUCCACCAUGAUCAGGCGCAGGUUCUGGGCGGACCUGGCCUGGGCCAUCAGCUACUACAUACGCUACUUCAUCACAUAUAUCCCAUUCUAUGGCCUUCUGGGAUCCCUGUUUCUCCUCACUUUUGUCAGGUUUCUGGAGAGUCACUGGUUUGUGUGGGUCACCCAGAUGAAUCACAUUCCAAUGGAAAUUGAUAGUGAGAAGCACAGAGACUGGCUUAGCUCUCAGAUGGCAGCCACCUGCAAUAUCCAGCAGUCCUUUUUCAACGACUGGUUCACCGGGCACCUGAAUUUUCAAAUUGAACACCAUCUGUUCCCAACAAUGCCACGGCACAAUUUCUGGAAGGUGAAACCUUUGGUGAAGUCCUUAUGUGCCAAGUAUGGAGUCCAGUAUGAAGAGAAGCCUCUUGGAAAAGCAUUCGUAGACAUCGUUGGGUCCCUAAAGAAAUCUGGAGAUCUGUGGCUGGAUGCUUACCUCCAUAAGUGAACAUGAAUCUGAAUGGGGAGGUGUGAGUGACUGGGAGGGAUGGGGAGGGUACCCAGGGGGGGGAAAAAAAUCACACACGUGUCUUUUACUCUCAGAUUUCAGUCUGUAUCUAUGGGCACAGUUGGAGGGGAGAUUCCUGUCUUGUCCACUGUUAGUGGUGUGGGCUCAGGCAACCUGUUUAAUCCAGGCAGAUUGAAAU